AUGUCACUUGGUUCGCUUUUUCUUUCCGAAUUAGACGCCGGCCCCCCAUCCCGUGCACAAGCGCCACUUCGCACAUGCACACGGCACCGUGCGCCAUCGUUCGACUCUUGCACGCCGUCUUUAUGUUCCACGACAUGUCUCGAUAACCCAACAGAACCUUCAGACUUGUCAUCCACCACCAAGAUCACCACCCUCAAUCAUCUGCGCUCCCUGGUGCCUCACUCUUACUGCAUUGGCAUCGAUGUGGAGGGCAUCGAGGGCAUAGCGCAGGGUAUCACCUCUGUGGGCAUCUCCAUCCUGCCACCCGUCUUCUCCCUCUCCACGGCAUCCGCGGAUGGCUCGUGGCCAUGGCCCUUUCCAGACCACCACCAAGGGCAAAUCGACCUCGACACCAUCGCUUCUCACUACCGUCUGCAGUCUUACUGCUUUGCCGUCCUUGGCCGUGAGCGUGCCCGGUCCUACGAGCAUUUCCACUACGGCGAGGUUGUCCACCACCCCGUCACCCACCUCCAGUCCACCAUUGUCUCCGUACUGCAGUCCGUCCGCCUUCAAAACCCCACGGCCCAUAUCAUCCUCGUGGGAUUCGACAUGGAGCUUGAGCACCGCGCUGUCAAAUCUGUUUUCCCUUUGUUGGAUGACCAUGUCACACACUGGUGCGAUGUCUCGCAUACCGGUCUUGCGGAUGCGAGAUGGGAAAGUAGAAGGGUAGCGCACAAGACGCAUCGCAAGAUCUCCUUGCGGGAUACCAUGUUGGCUCUCAACUUCAGGCGUAACCAUGGGAUACAGCCCCGAGCGAGGCAUCACUCGGCUGGUAUGGACGCUGUGCGCACACUGGGAACAAUGCUUGCGCUUCUGGCGAGGGCGCCAGAGGCAGGAGGUUUGGUGGUCAAAAGAUUUACGUGGGAGGAGCAUGGGAACAGAAAACUGUGGGAAUGGGUUCCAAGACCGGCAUCCAAGUUCCCUUGGACAGUGAAAAUUGUACCGGUGCCGACAGAUGACAAGGACGGAACAGCGCACCUGCCAGAGUCCCUUGGCAGACCAGCCCGGUUGUUCAAUUUCGUAACGAGGAACUUUGCCGAACCAAAAGCCGUAGCGGUCUGUCCCCCGGCUAGGUCGGGGCCGCUGAAGACACAUGGCUGGGAGUCAACCUACAAGCGCCCCGGCGUUACUCCGACUCCCACUCCUCCCGCCGCCGCUUCUCCGUUCGGUCCUCCGUCCGCUUCGCCAGUCCCCGGCGCCCAUCCGCUCGCCGCGGCGCCAGCGAACCCCUCCAUGAGCUACCUCCAACACCAAUCCGUUCCCGCGAUAAACCUCUCCGAUCCACGCGUUGCCAAUGCCCUUAUGGCGCAGUAUUCCCAGCAGUCCCAGCCUCAACACCACGGCGGGCGAGGGGGUUUUGGAGCAGGAGGUAGGGGCGGUAGCCAGCAACAGCAAAGGCCCCGACCACAGCCCGUCGACAAGCCAAAAGCCAAGAUCGCCAUCCUCGGCUGCGAGCCGUGGUUCCUGGUAUACACAAAAUAUGGGAGAAGGUUUGCUUUCAAUCCGGUAAAGAACGCGAGUUACUGGCGGAUUCCGGACAAGAUCUUGCCAGCAGUAAUCGAGUUGGAUAAAGAAAGGAUCAGGAGGAAGGCCGCUGGGGAGCCACCGCUCGAGGAGGAUCCGAAAUACAAGAGCCAUGAUAAGGAGGAGGAAAAGGCGGAGGGGAAGAAUCUGGGUUCGGGGCAGCAGGGUCUAGAGGAGACGCACGACUACGACAGCUCAGAAUACGAAGAAGUAGAAGUCACCGAUGACGAAGGCGCAGACCACAACGACGCCGAACACCCCUCCCAGCACCAGCGUACCGAAGACGAAAACCAGGGGCCGAUCGAGUUUACAGAAGACGACUUUGCCGCUCAGCUGGCCAUGAUGGAAGGCGAUGGUAUGGACAUUGACCAAGAAUACGAUUUUGAAGCACAAGCAGAAAAUGUCGAGCCCCUUUCUGACGUCGACGCCCGCCUCCUCUUCCGCGACCUCCUCGCCGACUUCCGCAUCAACCCCUACUCCCCUUUCCAAAAGCUGAUUGACGAAGGCGAGAAGACGGGUGUCUUCUCCGACCCGCGGUACACUGUCCUCUCAUCCAUGCGCGAGCGCAGGGAAGUCUACGAUGAGUGGUCCCGCGAGGCUAUCCAAGCCCUGAAAGAAGCGAGGGCAAAGGAAGAGAAGAAGGACCCGAGGAUACCAUACCUGGCCUUUCUACAAGAACAUGCCACGCCAAAGCUAUAUUGGGCUGAGUUCAAGAGGAAAUAUCGAAAGGAAGAUGUGAUGAAGGAUUCGGCGCAUCAUAGGAGCUUCAACGACAAGGAAAGAGAAAAGCUGUACAGGGAGCAUAUCAACAGACUGAAGCUACCGCAGUCGCAACUCAAGAGUGACCUGAAGAAGUUGCUUGAGAGUGUACCGCUCCGGCAGCUGAACAACCGGUCCUCAGCAGCCAGCCUCCCGAGCCAAAUCUUGGCAGACAUCCGAUACAUCUCGCUCGAUGCGAAAACGCGCGACGAAUUCAUCGAGGGUUACAUCCAGGGUCUUGCCCCACCUCCAGAGGCCCAAAGCGCUGCGGAAGAAGCGGAGGAUGAGGUACUGAGGAAAGCUAAAGAGGAGAGGAAGAAGAGAGAGAAAGCGUUGGAAGAGAGGGAGAGGAGGGUAGAAGAGGAAAAGAGAAGACAAGAAAAGAGGUUAGCCGUUGAACGGGCGAGGCUCAGGGAGGAGGAGAGGGAGCUGCAGAGGGCUAUGGUUGUUGAUAAGAAGGGGCUGCAGAGUCAGCUGGGCGGUGGUGCUACGGCUGGCGGGGAGGCGUCGAAGGAUGAUGAGGCAAAGGAGGAGAGAUAA